AUGUACCCGGAUUGGCCCGAAUCUGCCUCCGACUUGGUGCCACUGCCAUGCUGCAAUGGCCCCAAGUUGAACGCAUUCGACUUCCAGGGUCCGCAAAAGAUUGAAUUUCUCGAGUACCUAGGCGAAGGCUCGCAUGCACACGUCUUCAAGAUUAAAAUCCUGGGGCAAAUAUACGCAUUGAAACUUUUUAGGUUUGCCUAUGAUGAGGAUUAUCUGGGCCCAGAUUACGAUCACGAUGUUGAUAAUUACGACACAGUGAGCGCCUUUUACCAAUACUCGGAGCCCUUCAGCAGCGAGUGCCGUGCUUUUGGUCGCCUCCAAGAGGCCGGCCAUGAGCAACUGGCCGUCCAGUGCUUUGGGUACCUGCUUCUGGACGAGGAGCACGAGCAAGCCAUGAUGAAGCAGUUCAGCCACCUCGAGCUCAAGUGGAACGGGAGCAUGGAUUAUCCCGACCGAGAGGACAUGCGCUCACGAUUCCUGGGCAAAAGCGGCAGAGCGCCGCCUAUCCGCGGCAUCGUCAAAGAAUUCGGCCACCUUCCCCGGGAAUUGCGGACGAGGGAUGCGCGCAAGAUACUCCGCGAUAUUAUUCAACUGCAGCAGCUCGGCAUAGUCUGCAUUGACGUGGCAGACCGGCAGCUCAUCAACAACAAAAUCUGUGACUUUAGUACGGCUGUUACCACGCCUCAUUUUGCCACGACCCCCGAGUUGAACCCGCAUCUUACGCCGGAAUGGAUAGCGGCUAUAGAGUUUGAAACGUUCCAGUUUAGUAUGAGCGACUACUGGAACUUUGACGAGAUGGUGCAUAUCUGGAACGAGGAGCACAAGGACCAAAAGAAUAAAAUCGCAGUCUACGCAUUCCCCGGGGGCCGAGGCUGCCGAACCAAGUAUGACCUGAGACGCACCCCAUUCCGGCAGCGUGUCUUUUCCUAUGUCGACCCAAGGCUGUAUGACUGGAGGAGCCCGCCUGCUGGUCCCGGGAAUAAAGCGGCUCGAGCAUUGGCAGGACAAAAGAAAUCCGGUCAAAGGAAAAGGGAAACGGGGAGCAGAGGAGCUGGUUCCAGGACCCGCCUCCGGCUCGAUACCAGACCGCCCAAGUGGUACUUGAAUUGUGAUGAUAAAGUGGCGGCUGAACUAAAAGCUUUAAGAGGUUGUAGCACCUCGCUCAGGUGGUGCGUCAAGGACGGUCUUAUAUUUCCGCGGAAAAAAUAUUAA